AUGUUCGAUACAGCGCAAGCUCUCAAUCUGUCUUCAUCCGGUAGCAGAGCAGCUGCACCAGAUGGAUCCAACCCGUCGACUGGCUUGGAUCAUGUUCAGAAUUGGCGCCACCAAAGCAACGCCGGCAGCGCAUUUGGCGCGUCCGCGGAACCACCAGCGGCAGACAGUUUGCAAGUUCAGCCAGAAGGCAACGCGCUGAGGUCAGCCUAUUCGACCUCGAGCAUCGGCUCGCACUCACGCAAUCGCAAAAAUGUCUCCGGGAGCACUGCCGUAACGCCAACAUUGGCUGGAGGCCUCGGGGGACUCGCCGGCAUCGAAGAGAGGGCCCUCGAGGUGGAGACGUUCUUGUCUGAACAAAGUCCAUUGCGAAGCUGGGUACGAUGGAUGGCCAAGAGCGGACUGAAGGAGUGGUGUAUCCCGUGCGGCUUGAUGGCUGUCGUUCUGGUCAAAUGGUGUGCUGGCCUAGGCGGAUGGAGCGGGCGGGGUAUGCCACCGAAGUUUGGCGACUUUGAGGCCCAGCGACACUGGCUUGAGCUCACAUUGCAUCUGCCGUACUCGGACUGGUACUGGUACGACAAGGACUGGUGGGGGCUAGAUUAUCCACCUCUCACCGCAUGGAUCAGCCUGCUUUGUGCAAAGGUGGCCACCUUAGUACCCGGACUGUCACCUUCACUCGCACUGGACACGUCGCGCGGAUCCGAAUCGGCGCUGCUUGCUGUUUUCAUGCGCUCUACCGUCCUGAUAUUGGACCUCCUCCUCUAUGUCCCUAGCGUCCUCUUCUUCCUUAAUCGUCGACUGGCAGGUCGUAGCUUACGCACGCGGAGCGUUGCUUCCAUCUCCGUCCUGCUGCAACCUGCGCUGAUUUUGAUCGACAGUGGCCACUUUCAGUACAACAGCGUCAUGCUUGGCUUGUGUGCGCUCUGCUUUGCGCUGCUUUACUCCUUUUUGCCGAACCCCGGUGCCUCCGUCGCUACAGCCGGAUUUGCCGGAUCGUCCCCCCCCUUGCUGCAGACGAGCAGCGCACAGGAGAAUGCAGCGCGAACGAAGAUCAAAAGUGUCACACGCCAGCUCUCGUAUCAGUAUAUCCUAGCGGCCGUCACCUUCUCCUGCGCGUUGGGCUUCAAGCAGAUGGCCCUCUACUUUGCUCCUGCCAUCUUUUCCGUCAUGCUCGGACGAUGCUGGGGUCUUAAGCAUAUUAGAUUUGACAAAGGAUUCGCCCUCUUCGCAGGUCUCAGCGCCGCAGUCAUCGCGACUUUCUUUCUGAUGCUUCUACCCUGGCUCACAUCACUCUCGCAGCUCCAACAAAUUCUCAUCCGCGUCUUUCCACUCGCCAGAGGGCUCUUUGAAGACAAAGUCGCCAAUCUGUGGUGCUUCCUCAGCUGCCUCCCCGUUCCGCAGCGCUUCAAACUUCGCAACGUCAUGAGUAUCAGUUCGCUUGCGCGACUCAGUCUGCUUACGACGCUCAUUGCGAUCUUACCGACAUGUGUGCAUCUAUUCUGGGCGGGCAUGCAAACCGUCAGCAUAGAGACUUCAAUCGACGCGGACACUAGGGCGCGUAACAGCGGCGCGAGCGUAGCCGGCUCCGUCAAAGGAGAUGCUUCUCUCGCUGGCGCAUCGCUGCGCGACGAAGCCCUGCCUUCUGGUACUAGACGGACGAGAAAGUCGUCUGUAGCCGGGAGCGACGCAGGUACCGAGCGGAUGAGCAUCUUUAGCGGUCGCACAGCUGGUGGCACUGCUGUUCGAAGGCCACCUGUCCUCUCGAACUACUUGGGUGAUCAACGCCCGGUCACAAUGGUCGUGCCCUCACCAGCGGCUGCCAUCCUUCCUUACGCGCUGCUCUCGGUGUCGAUGGCGUUCUUCCUCUUCGGCUUUCAGACGCACGAAAAGUCGAUCCUCAUCCCCUUGCUGCCUCUCACGCUCUUGAUGAGUAGCAAAGGUGACGCUUACAGCGGAGGAGCCGGCGCAACAGACUGGGAAUGGGCGGUGCUGUCGAACAAUUUGGCUACUUUCAGCAUGUGGCCGCUACUGAGAAAAGAUGGGCUGAUCGUGCAAUACGUUGUGAUCACCUUGAUCUGGAAUUGGGCCAUCGGCUACGAGCCGUUCGCACACCUCAGGGAAGCACGCAAGCUCUUCGUCGGUUGGUUUUCUGCGGCUGUCACGGCCGCCAUACUGGCGCUACAUGCUGCGGAGGUUGCCCUUCCCGCCUUGAUUCCGUCUUCAAUUUGGACACCGAUUAUCUCACGAUACCCGGACCUCUUCCCUGUUCUCAAUGUGCUGCUAUGCGCACCUUGUUUUGGCCUGGUAUGGCUCUGGAGCAUGAAACGACAGAUGGAAGUUGGUUUUGCAGCAGGUCUGGACAGCCUGUCUCUACUGCAGGGGCUUUUGCGCAAGCCUCAAACCAAGGGUGUUCGCAAAGGCAGUUGA